AAUGUGGUCCCAGGGUAGGGGGGCUGUCAGGCAAGACAGAGAUAGGGAAGGUAGACAGCACGUCGUUUCAUUGACUUGUUUCUGAUCAUUCUCCCAAGCCACCUCGAGCGGCCACCUACAACCCAACCGGGUUCUCCUGAGAGGGGUUUGAAGCCCCUCUAGUCUUGGGCUCAGAGAGUGAAGGAAAGGCUAGAUAGAGACGGCCUACUCAGUCCUAGAGUUGAAGGAGUUAAGGACCCCCCCCCCAUUCCAGACACCCAUCCUUUCACUCCCCAAACCGUAAUCCGCGAAGGAUCCAGGAAUCGCCGGAGGGGGGGGGCGGGGAGAACGACGACGAAGACGAGGUGACGGUGGCCGAGUCUUGCCCCAGGUUUGCCUUAGCUAGGAGGUUUCGCACCCGGGCUGAGAACCUCCGACAGCCUCGCGGACGCAGGCUUCCGGGAGCCUGGCGCACCGCCCUGCAGCGUGCGCUCAACCCUAGCCCCCGCGCCAGGUGUGCGCCGCGGCAGGAGCGGAGCGGAGCGCAGGCGGCCCCCAGACCCCGCGGUCCCGGGCACGGGGGCGGGCUGGGGGUCCCCGCUGUCAGCGCCCCGCCACCGCCCGCUCCCGCGCACCUCCCACCCCGCCCCCACUCACCCGCUCAGCCCCCGGGAGCGCCGAGCAGGACGCGUGUUGCUUCGCCCAGCGAUCGGCAGAAGUUGGGAGAGUUGGCGUCCGCCUCCCGCCUGCCGGACUUCGGAACCGCGGCUACAGCCCGCUAGCCCGCGGGGCCGCCUCCCUCCCGCCCAGCCCGCCGCGCAGAGAAGAGGGGCGCGGAGGGGGUCUCGAGCUCGACCAGAACUUGGAAGUGUGCGAAGGGAUGCGAGGCAGAUGAAGAGCGAGGAAACGUGAACAAAGUGGCGACCGCAGGAGGGACUCCACGGAGCUCGAUUGUCGCCGAGGACGCUCAGGCAGAGGGGCUGGCUGGGGAUUUUCCCCCCCUUCCUCUCGCAUUCUUUGGCUCUCUUUUAAAGCCAUACCAGCCCUCUCUCUUUCUUUACUAUCUCGAAUCCCCAAACCCUUGCUGGCUCUUAUGGGCAUGAAACACUCCUCCCGCUGCCUGCUCCUCCGGAGGAAAAUGGCGGAGAACGCAGUCGAAAGCACGGAGGUGAGCAGUGCCCCCCCUCAGCCCCCGCAGCCUGUCAUCCCAGCCAAGCCUGUGCAAUGCGUCCACCACGUGUCCACACAGCCCAGCUGCCCAGGGCGGGGCAAGAUGUCCAAGCUGCUGAAUCCUGAGGAGAUGACGUCAAGGGAUUACUAUUUUGACUCGUAUGCUCACUUUGGGAUCCACGAGGAAAUGCUGAAGGAUGAGGUGAGGACACUCACGUACCGGAACUCCAUGUACCAUAAUAAGCAUGUGUUCAAGGACAAGGUGGUGCUGGAUGUUGGGAGUGGCACAGGGAUCCUCUCCAUGUUUGCUGCCAAAGCAGGGGCCAAGAAGGUGUUUGGGAUCGAAUGUUCCAGUAUUUCUGACUACUCAGAGAAGAUCAUUAAGGCCAACCACCUGGACAAUGUUAUUACCAUAUUUAAGGGUAAAGUGGAGGAGGUGGAGCUGCCCGUGGAGAAAGUGGACAUCAUUAUCAGCGAGUGGAUGGGUUACUGUCUGUUCUAUGAGUCCAUGCUCAACACGGUGAUCUUUGCCAGGGACAAGUGGUUGAAACCUGGAGGGCUUAUGUUUCCAGACCGGGCAGCUUUAUACGUGGUAGCAAUUGAAGACAGACAGUACAAGGACUUCAAAAUCCACUGGUGGGAGAACGUCUAUGGCUUUGACAUGACCUGUAUCCGGGAUGUCGCCAUGAAGGAGCCCCUGGUGGACAUCGUGGACCCAAAGCAAGUGGUGACCAAUGCCUGUUUAAUAAAGGAAGUGGACAUUUACACUGUGAAGACGGAAGAGCUGUCCUUCACAUCUGCCUUCUGCCUGCAGAUACAGCGCAAUGACUAUGUCCAUGCCCUUGUCACCUAUUUUAAUAUUGAAUUUACCAAGUGCCACAAGAAAAUGGGUUUUUCUACAGCCCCCGAUGCUCCCUACACCCACUGGAAGCAGACCGUCUUCUACUUGGAAGACUACCUCACUGUCCGGAGGGGGGAGGAAAUCUACGGGACCAUAUCCAUGAAGCCAAAUGCCAAAAAUGUGCGAGACCUCGAUUUCACAGUAGACUUGGAUUUUAAGGGACAGCUGUGUGAAACAUCUGUAUCUAAUGACUACAAAAUGCGUUAGCACACAUGGGAAGCUGCAGAGAGCAAGCGAGAAGAGGCACUCACUUCCGUCUGCCAUGCUGCCCCAAGGAACACUGUUAGGAGGACCACACUCGAUAACCGGAGCUUUGCACUCUGCCUUGAAGAUAGGUGAACUUGCCAGAGCUCUCCCGGGCCCCACCAUGACAGGGAGCCUCCAGCUCCUCCACUCUGCCCCUGGAGCCCUUCACAAAGGCUUUGCUGUUGCCUGUUGUGCUGUGGUGGGGGCUCCGAGGAUGGAAGCCUACCCGUGUGCCCCCAUUGUCCUCCUAAACUGACUCUAUGGAUCUUCCAAGUUUUGCAUGCUGCAGACAUCUAGGACAGAUUACUUCCAAUAGAACCUGGAGAUGUAGUGUCUUUGAUAGCAUAAGCCAGAUUCUCUGUCUGUGCAGUGGCGUGUGUGUGUGUGUGUGAGUGUGUAUGUAUGUGUGAGCACUUGUGCAUGCACACACAUGAGCGUGUGUGCAUACAGAUUCUAUAUUAAUUUACAAGCCCACAAACAUUUGUAUAUGCACGCAUAUACAACUAAGUGGGCCUAUUUGGGUAUUCAUGCUGAGGUGUGUGUGUGUGCACGCGCGCACGCGUGUGUAUGCGUGAGUGUGGGUGUCUGUGCCUAGACUCUAUAUUACUCUCAGAGGAGGUUCUGUUGCUUUUGAAUAGGAAUUUGUUUCGUGAUUAGUUUUCCCCAUCCCGAUCCCUUAACAGAUGUUACGCAGCUAUGAAGCAUUCUGUGUACUAGCUCUGGUCUCGUUUUGGCUAGACUGUGGCUCUGAAUCCUGAGCACAGUACCAUGGGCUCUGUGGGCACUCAAUAAACACACAUGAGAAAG